GUCCCGCUCCGCAUACAUCAACCUUUCAACUACCAACCUUCAUCGUACACGUUCUUUCUUUCACUCAUACCCUCUCCCACAACUCUCUCACUCCUCCGCUCAGCCCGUCGCACACCUUUCUCUCGUCGUACGCCCUGCCUCGGAACGGAUUCGACCAUCGUGGUUCGUAUACAUACACGUACAACCCCGUUCGACCACCGGCAGCCACACCGCGUCUCGUUCGACCACCAGGACCAGAGAGGGAAACCAGAGCACGCUGCUAACAACACCGCCCGUGCUGCGCUUGACAAACCUUAAAACACUGGAUCUUGCCAUCAACCUUCCGGUUCCUGGUCCACGCAAGCCACAAACCUCUCUACAUACGCACCUGCGGACCGCUGUCGUCUUGUCUGCCGCACCGUGCUGCUGCUUCUGCUGUCCGCACAUAUCCCACCCCCAAGCCUCGCCCUUUCCCUGGUCCAGGCAAAAAAGUUAUCUUCUUUCCACAUCGAGACGUAUUCUCACUGCGCUGUCCCAAGCCCAAGCCCCUCUCUCAGGUUCAGGCAACUGUCGCCUUUCGACGAACCAGGUGUUGAUCUCUUGUCCAACAAGAACCGAGACGAGAAAGAGGCUCUCGGGGGGAGGUGGUGCCGCAACCUGGAAACGCCAACAAGCGCAGACCGAACCAAGGUCCGAAUCCAGAGCUCCACCCACGCACUGUACUUACCCUACCCAUCAAGUCCCUUCCCAUUUUCUUCCCCCUCUUCCCCCUUCGAAGACACACUCUUGAACCUUAGCUUUGACACAUCUUGGUUUGCCUUUACGCUGUUGAAAGGCCAGCCAUCCGCGCUUCUUUCAAACUCUUCUUUCUCCGUUCUCACUCGUCAACACAUCGCGCCUUGUCGAAGCUCACCACCUACACAACGCGCAACAACAGCAACAACAACAACAAUAACAACGCAACGGCAUCAUCUUCGUCCUCAUUUCAUUCUCAUCGACGCACAAAAAACACCAGCAUCACCGGCAGCGGCCUUGUCGAAAAAAGCCACUCGCAGCUAAAUCGACCACGCUGCACACCUUUCUAAUCCUUUCGGAGCUUCAUACUCUGUUGACCAUCCGCUGCCGUACUCCCAGUCGACUCGACGCAACCGGGUGCCACAAUGGCAAACUCCAACGUGCCUCUAAACCCAACCUUCUUUGGCCAUGUUGCCUCCACUUUGGAUGCUCUGGUUCUGUUUGAAGCAUGCUUAAGCAGUGCCCUGCAUCACGUCCCUCGACGACCUCACGACCGGGAACGUCAGGAUCUUAUCAAAAGCGGAAACGUCUUCAUCUACGAGGAACACUCGUCCGGCAUCAAGCGCUGGACCGACGGUGUUGCAUGGAGCCCCAGCAGAAUCCUGGGCAACUUCCUCAUCUAUCGCGAGCUCGACAGACCUUUCCCUCCUGGCGAGAAGAAGCGCGCCAUGAAGCGCAACAAGAAGCCCACUGGCGUGACCAAGCCCGAGAUCACACGUCAGGGAAGUGUCAACGGGGCGGGCGCCAAUAUGGGCAUGGGGGAUGGUUCGCAGGGCAACAAGGAAGCGGAACGCGCCCUCAUAGGAUCCCUGGUCGACUCAUACCCCUUCAAGGAGAACGGCUUGGUGAAGAAGACAAUCAGUGUUACGUACCAAGGCGUGCCGCAUCAUCUGGUGUCCUACUACAACGUCGAGGAUGUUACAGAAGGAAAGCUUAUGACGCCUUCGAAAGACCAUCAGCUCUCAACAAUCAUUCCCCGCGGGGAGUUGAUCAUGUCCCAGAACUUCCGGGCUCCCAUCGACGAGGUCGAAAUGGACGACUCGCGUGGCCCUCACGGCCUUUUCACUCAUGCAUACCCAGUCAAUGGCCACCAUCACCAGAGCCUGUCGCGGGCCAUGUCAGUGCCCUCAUUGCAUCACAUGGGCGGCGGCAUGGGCGGUCCCCAAUUCGGGCAACCGCCCUACAUGUCAUCGUAUUUGAGCAGUGUCCCGGGAUCUGUCAGUAACGUGGGCUAUGCGCAAAGCCAGCACCCAAGCUACGGUUACGAUAACAUUAGCCGGACCAGUCGGUAUCCUUCUAGUGCCGGGUUGGCUCCCGACAUGUCGCGAACCAUGGCCCUUGAGUCGCAGCAUCAUCCUAGGCGGCACUCAACAGCUUACGAACCUACAUCGGGACCAGAUAUGAGUCUUGCCAGCAGCUUGCCGGCCGUUCCGACGGACGCUUCACGGGGGAUGGGAGGAGGCUACAUGAGUUCGAUGCUGUACUCGCAGCAACGCGUUCAUGACCUGUCGCCGCACGAAGCUUUUCCCUCCCCCUCCCCCCGAAAUGUCCACUCGGAAUCGAGUAUAGGUGGCGACCGAUCGAUACAAUCCUUUGACGGACUGAGCAGUCGUGAGACCUGGAAUUCAUUCGAACCACUAGAGGAUGACCAGGGACAGUAUAUCUCCCAGGGAAAUGCGGCUUGGCCAGGUAGCAGCAGUAACUCACUGGGCAGAACCUGAAUAGGUGCGAGAAUAGGCGCAUGCAAGUUCCAGCCACCGCAGUUGCUCAACGCCGAUGGGCGUUUGUUGUGAGAAGAGGACCCAACUAUGAUGUUAGGUCCAACAGAGGAUCGCCCCUGAACGACAGUGUGGAAAUGUUGCGGGGUUAAAAAUCCUUCAGUUACAGAGCAAGAACAAGAAGAUCAGGCGCUAGUCAAGGCGUGCAGUACCAGAACAGCGCGGCGUCGAGGUUACGGUUUGCGACGAGGUUGUACCGUCCGGAAGAAGAAAAACAGCGAAGAGGUCCCCGAGGUUAGGCGGAUGCGCCCCCACGGCGCACCCAGGAAGUAUCUUGGAGAUGGAGAAAAGUCCAGGUUGCGAGAUAUAUGCUAUAAAAAAAAUUGCUAUGAAAAAGUUUACCUCUCAUCACAGUCUGCAACCCUUCAUGUAUGUUCCAAAUGUGCCACGCGAUCAUGC